GCGAAGUUGAGCAUCCAUGGAUGCUCCUAGGAGGUGCACUCACAAACCAAGAUGAGUAAAGAACACUCCUCUCUUCACCAGAUGAGGCAGCUGGAAGAAGGAGAAACGGGAUUGUACGCUGGACGCGAGCUGACCGCCUGGACCUCUUCCCCCUCAUGAGUUUCGUGGAGUACGGCGAUGUCAUCCAGGAGGGGGACACGGCCAUCGUCUUCCUGGGCCACGACUCCAUGUUCCCGGUGAAGGUGCAGCGCGGCGGCCAGACGCAGACCCGCUACGGCGCGCUGCGGCACUCCGCGGACCUGAUCGGGAAGCACUACGGGUCCAAGGUGACGUGCAGCAAGGGCGGCUGGGUGUACGUCCUGCACCCCACCCCGGAGCUGUGGACCCUCAACCUCCCGCACCGCACGCAGAUCCUGUACGCCACCGACAUCGCCACCAUCACCAUGAUGCUGGAGCUGAAGCCGGGCUCCGUCGUCUGCGAGUCAGGGACGGGCAGCGGCUCUCUGUCCCACGCCAUCCUGCGCACCAUCGCGCCCACUGGGCACCUCUACACGGUGGAGUUCCACCAGCAGCGGGCGGAGAAGGCCAUGGAGGAGUUCAGGGAGCACAAGGUGGGCCACCUGGUCACCGUGCUCAACCAGGACGUGUGCCGGGAGGGCUUCGGAGUGACGGGGGUCGCGGACGCCGUCUUCCUGGACAUCCCCUCGCCCUGGGAGGCCAUCGGGCACGCCAAGGCCGCCAUCAAGAAGCAGGGGGGCCGAGUCUGCUCCUUCUCGCCCUGCAUCGAGCAGGUCCAGAGGACGUGCCAGGCGCUGGCGGAGCACGGGUUCGGGGAGGUGUCCACGCUGGAAGUGCUCCUGCGCCUGUACGACGUGCGCUCGGUCACCCUGCCCCUGCCGGACUUCGGGGACGAGGCGGGUGGGCCCGGGGGCGGCGCCCCGUCCGCCCAGAACGCCACCAUGACCUGCAAGACUGCCGUGGCGCCCAAGGAGAUGGCGGGCCACACGGGCUACCUCACCUUCGCCACCAAGAGUCUGGUAUAGCCGCAGGCCCGGAGGUCAGGGCGCGAUGCGGCCUCUUUCUCCCACAUCCCGGGGACCCCUGGCUGCUCGGAGGACGGGCUCGGCCUUUUUUAUUUUCUUUUAGCUUCCGUUUUUAGGAUCGAAGUGGCCUGGCGCCGGUCUGUGCCGGACCCCUCUCUGCCCGCCAGCGUUCGCCCACGGGAGAUGGAGAGCAGCAGCAGGGAUGGGCCGAGAGGGGCGGCCAGCGCACAGACACGCGGACUGCUUCCCGAGGAGUUCCAUACAUAGCCAGCUAGACGGGGAGCAGAGUUGUUUAAACUGCGAGUGGAGGAUGUCAGCAGCAAUAGGGCUGGCUGUUUAUAGAUGUUUAAAGAGUGCAGCAGGAUUAAUGGCACACUGUCGUGCCGCAGCAGCUGAGCUGGACUCAUCGUGAACUUGAGUAUUCAUCACACCGGGAUAAAUACUUCUCCAUCCUUGGCCUCCUUGCACACUGUAGCUCUCUCUGCUCCGUUCUCAGCUUCAUGUUCUGUUUGCUUGGUUGCCCCUUCUUUAAUUUAAUUCACCCAUGACCUUUUUUUUUUAUUAUUUUAAAUGCAUCUGUUUUGUGGCCAUGGCGUAAAAACAUUCAAUGUUUUUUUUCCCCCCCCAAGGUGAACAGCAUUUUUCUUUGUUUUUACUUUUAACUUUUAUCAGAUUGACCCAGUAAAGUGUUCCCAGAAAUAAAAGUGAACUGAUGGUCUCGGG